AUGUCUAAUGAACAUGAUAAUGGAGAUCACAUGGACAUGCCUCCUUCCGGAACCAUGCCGAAUGGUGGCAUGAGCAACCAAAUGAUGAUGCACAUGAGCUUCUACUGGGGCAAAGAUGCUAUAGUCCUAUUCUCCGGAUGGCCCAACCAAAACCUCGGCAUGUACAUGUUGGCUCUCUUCUUUGUCUUUUUUCUAGCCCGAGCUACAGAGGUCCUAUCUAUCUUGCCGGCUGUGAAGUCGGGGACGAAACUGAUUGUGGGCGAGUUGACUCAGGCCACUGUCUAUGCCUUUCGCAUGGGUUUAGGUUACUUAGUCAUGCUCUCCGUCAUGUCCUUCAACCUUGGAAUCUUCAUAGCCACGGUGGCAGGUCAUGCCCUUGGGUUCUUCAUCAUCAAGACUCGUGCCAUUGCCAUAGCCAAACCUGCCGAGAACAUGUCCUCCCCCAAUAUCAUGUCUAAAGUUUAA